AUGGCUGCAACAGCGAUUACUAUAGACCCUUUAUUGGACACUCUGGGGCCUCAAGACGGUGUGGAAAUCGUCACGAAGCAAUCACCGACACCUCAGGCCCGAGAGAAAGACAAUGUCCCAUCCAGAACCCUUCUCGCGGAACAAGCGGAUAUCAAGAGGACUGUGGGAAAGAUAGUUCUCUUAUACGUCCUAGGUUUCGCGAUAGCUGUGUCGCAUCACUGUUUCAAUUUAAAUCUGGAUGGACGCGCUCCACUGAGCCAGUCAUUUACUCUGCAAGUUGGCCUGGUGUUUGCUUUUCUAGUACGAGCUUUUGUCGCCGGCGCCACUGCGAGUAUCGUUCCACCUAGCACACUGGUCAUCGAGCCAGGCGUUUAUGAAACUACUUCACUGUGCGAAGUUUCGAGCCUGAAUUUCGGUGCCUUACCGGAAUAUGGCAGCCAAAGGCUCGGUCGCCUCGCGGAUGACUAUUACAGCGCAGAUUCCAGGAAAGGCGCAUAUUCUGCGGAUCCGUCAACUAUCUUGAGAAAGCUCGGUACUAAUGUCGCGGUUGGGGGGAGGAUACUGGGAAUGCCUUCUCAAUGCAGUACCAACUGUAGUUAUACAGUAAACUUCAACGGCCCCGCUUUGAAGUGCACAGAUGAGGACUGGAAGUCGCAGGAUGCACCUUGGGAUCCGCUAGAAAUAUUUAGGUUCUCUCACCACUAUAACUCGAGUGUGUCCUCUAACGGCGACUUAUGGACAGUAUAUGCGAACCCGAAGAAAGAAGAAAGGCGAUAUUCCGAGUCGGGAGUACCCCUCAGACCUUAUCUAUACAUCGAGGCUCCAGAACGAAAAGAAUACUACAUCAAGUGCUUUAAGUGUAGCCUAUACAACGCGACCUACAACGUAGAUAUCGACUUUACAAAUGGAGUUGAGACGGUAACAUAUGAGCUCAGCAAGGUUGCCAAGUUUAUCCCAAUCAUCCCGGAUCUAGAGUCUUCUCUCCCGAAUUACGAACAACUUGCGUAUUUUGCAUACAACCGCUAUUUCACCGGGAACGAGGGGCCGUUCGUAGGUGAAAUUUUCGAAUACGGCGGAAUUUCGAUGAGGGGUGUCCGUUUCAAUACCGACAUCAUUUUCACAAAUCUUGUUACGCCGUGGAUCACACUCAGCCAGGACUUUAGGAACUCAACUCAAAAUUUCCCAAUGGAUAACCUUAGAGAAGGAUUUGAAGAACUCUCGCAUAAUCUUACCAUAAGUCUUCUGAGCCGUUCGGAUCUAAUCGUUUCCUCAAAGAUCAUGACAACAUGUACUUCCCUUAGCUAUCGGAACGUUUACCGAUAUCGGUCUACGCAGCUGUACGUAUCUUACGGGCCGUUGAUGGUGUUCUCCAUGGUGGUUAUAGUUCUUGGACUGCGAGCGACACUGAAAAACGGCGACAUCUGCCAAUGGGGUUUCUCCCAGAUAAUGCUGACAACCAGGAAUCCAAGUUUGGACGAAAUGGGCAAAGGCAGCUGCUUUGGGGUGGUUCACAGCGGCUCAGAUUUACAGAAACACCGGUUGAAGUUUGGCGAGCUGAGAUGCAACGUCGAGAGCACGAUCAGACACGCGGCAUUUGGGCUGGAGGACGAAGUGGUCGAUUUGAGCGCGGAGCGGAUGUACGCUUAA